UUGUCUUAAUUUGACUUAUGAUUCUAAAUUAUCACCGAGAAAACGUUUUGCACUAAACUUUCAAGGAUUCAGAUUACUUCGUCGUGUUAUAGUUCGUUAUUAUUAAUUUUCAUGGAGGUGAAAUUUAAGUUAUUUCAUUAACUGAUUUCUAAUUGAGAAACUUUGUUAGCCAAGAAAGCAGACGAGAUGGUUCGUAUGCAUACCCCCGGAAAGGGUAUUGCCCAGUCAGCCCUCCCCUACAAACGUAGUGUUCCUACCUGGCAGAAACUGACAGCCGACGAGGUGAAAGACACGAUCUACAAACUGUCCAAGAAAGGUCUGACUCCCUCUCAAAUUGGUGUCAUCCUCAGGGACUCUCAUGGUGUCAACCAGAUCAAACAUUUAACUGGAACGAAGAUUCUGAGAAUUCUGAGAGCGAAGGGUUUGGCCAGCAAGAUCCCAGAGGAUCUGUACCAUCUGAUCAAGAAAGCAGUGGCCAUCAGGAAACAUCUGGAGAAGAACAGACAGGACAAAGACUCCAAGUACAGACUGAUUCUGAUCGAAAGCCGAGUUCACAAACUGGCCAGAUACUACAAAACUAAAUCAGUCCUCCCACCCAACUGGAGAUACGAAAGUGCCACCGCCUCAGCUCUUGUAGCAUAAUUUAUAGAUCAAACUUGUUUUUAUCUUACCAA